AAAAAAUAAGGUAACAUCCAUUUACGAAUACCUUCUGAUUUCAAUCUUCUCACCAAUAUUAAUCACGUAGACCUCGCACUUGUCUGCACCCACGUCUUGACAAGUUACUUAGCAGCCCAGACUAGAGACAAUUUUCUGGUUUCCCUGUGAGACAAACCUUUUGAAUUGGAUGCACAGUCAAAAAACAUUGGCCAUCUUCCACCUCUCGAAUCUUCCUCCUUCGUCUUUUUUACCAUUCCAGGGAGAAAUAUCUCGACAUCGCCAUUGAUGACCCGAUAGCAUCGCGGUGCCUUGCCCGCCUGCAUUGGCUCUACCUUUAAGUCCUUGUUAACCUAGUUAACCACUCCUUUUUUACGCGAUUACCUCGUCUCCUUUCCGCGACUGGUUCAUUCCAGCGCAAUUCGUACAAGAUGGCUUUCCCGCAGACCCCGUCACAUGCACUGCCCGGCGCCUUCUUGCAUACGCCUGCUGUCGCAUCGCGCCUCAACGCCCAGCAGGAUCCAGUUCGACGUCGUCUAUUUCGAGAAAAUUCCGCCCCCCCUAGUAGCCAGGCGUCGAGAUUCAGUCAAGACCACGGCCUUGGACUCGAUGCCCCUACUACAAUAGCGGAGGAGCAGGCCGUUCGAAGUUUACAAACUCAAAACAUGUCUCCUCAACCUCCCCUAGCUAAAGCCGCCACGUACAUCAACACCGCUCUCAAUCGAGAUGGCGAAUAUCCCCAACUCGACUCUUAUUGCAGACAAAUCUCGUCUGACUACGACCUCUCGCGCAACGAUUCCGCCUGGGCCCCUUUCCAGAAGACGAACAUGUAUCCAAUCCCUCAAAAUGUGCUCGAGCAAUAUAAUCGAGCCGAAGUUUCCACCAUGAUGGGAUUGUUCGCAGAGCUGAACCACGCUUGGGUCACCAUCGACAACUGUCUAUACCUCUGGGACUAUACCCACCCUAACCCCGAACUUAUCGGCUACGAAGAUAGCCAGCAUAGCAUAACUGCCGUGAAGCUCGUACCUCCCAAACCCGACGUGUUCAACAAGAUCAUCACACACAUAUUAGUCGUCGCUACUACCUCGGAGAUGUUCUUAUUAGGAGUCGCCGCGAAGGAUGCGCCGAGCGGCGCCACGACUAUCGAACUUUACGGCACGAAGAUGUCGCAGCCCUUGAAAGGCACCGAGGCGCGCGUCAUCGCCGGCUCUGCGAGCGGACGUAUCUUCUUCUCCGGCCAGUCUGAUAACGACAUCUAUGAGCUGAAGUAUCAACAGGAAGAGAAGUGGUUUACCAACAGAACGGAGAAGAUCAAUCAUACGUAUCGCCCUUGGACUGCCGCGGUUCCCAACCCGUCGCAGAUCCUCUGGGGAAAGACUACUAACGAACACAUCCUGGAUAUCGUCGUGGACGAUAGUAGAAAUCUUCUCUACUCCCUUUCUACCUCAUCCACCGUGCGGACUUAUCAUAUGGAGCCCCCGAACAAGCUGACCAAGGUCAUCGAGAAGACCAAGGACGAUUUCCUGCGCGACAUCGCUCACGUGCUAAGCGUCGUAUCGCCUUUACUUAACGAACGAAUCGACAUCGUUUCGAUCAGUCCCAUCACAGCGGUCGAAGACUUCAAAGUUCAUCUCAUGGCCUUAACCAACACGGGUUGCCGUCUUUUCAUGAGCGCGACAAGCGCCGCUUCGUACAUGCUCGGCUCGUCGAACCAAGCUCCUCAAAGUAUGCAGUUGCAAUCCAUCAAAUUCCCACCCUCCGAUCAGCGAAGGCCCAGAGUCGAUCCGUUCGGCGGUCCUGCUGAGUAUACCGACAUCCAAGCGAGGACGCUCGAGAUGAGCCGACGAGGAAUUCGUUUCGCGCCAGGCUAUUUCUUAGACUUCAUCACCAAGACGGAUCAACCAAAUGGCGAUAUCUUGUUCAUGUCGGCGCCCGACAGCGGUCGAAUCAAUCACGGCCGCCAGAUUCAAAACAUGCGGUUCUACGAGCACGCUAAUUGGAUCGAGAUCGGCAGUAGGGCUGAAGAUGUCGGUCUCGUUACGAAACCGUUCGCCGCGAGCGGCCAACCCCAAGGUUUCGGUAACGAAUUAGCCGUCCAGUUUGACGACCCGAAUGGUAGCGAAUUUGCCAUUCUUACCAACACAGGCAUACACUUAGUACGUCGCAGACGGUUAGUCGACAUCUUCGCUUCAGCCAUCAGGAGUGUUUCCGGGGAUGAGGGUGUGAAGGCCGAGGUAAGCAAGUUUCGGGGUUCUUACGGCAACGUCGAAACCAUCACCGCCGCGCUCGCCGUCGCCUGUCGACAAGGAGAGAACGGUCGUCCCGGCAUAGGACGCGGCGCCGUCGACCAAGUCACCCAGGACCGUGCCAAGCAAGUCUAUAUCAACUUCGGCGGAAACCCCAGACUCCCCGAGCAGGAUGUGCAGCCGGCGACUGUCGAGAUGGUCCAGCCUUCUACACGUCAUGCCGCGUUGACCCUAUAUCUUAGCCGACUCGUCCGAAAGCUGUGGAAGUCGAGGGUGAUCGGGUUAGGUACCGACGCCGGUGGCGCAUUAACUAUAACAAGCGUCAUCGCAACUGGAAAAUUGAAGGAUGUCCAAGGGAGCGUGGAGAGCCUAAGGACUUUCCUCGACGCAAACAGGGCUUUCAUCCAAGGCCUAUCCGGACCUGCAGACCUGCGCAGAGCAGGAAGUAAGCAGGAAGAGCUCGGGUUUCAAGGCGAACAUCAAGCCAUGCGAGCUCUGGAAACCCUGAUGACGGGCAUCACGGAAGGUAUAUCUUUUGUCACGACAUUGUUCGAGGAGCGAGUCACGGACAUAUUUGCCCGGCUCGACGACACAGCUCGACAACAGCUGCGCGACCUUACGUACGAGCAGCUCUUCUCUCAGGACGGCGGUAAAGAAUUGGCGAAAGUGUUGGUGAAGGCCAUCGUCAAUCGAAAUAUCGAGAACGGGUCCAACGUCGAAACCGUGGCAGACGCGUUACGACGAAAGUGCGGUAGCUUCUGCAGUCCCGACGACGUGGUCGUUUUCAAGGCUCAGGAGCAGCUGAAGAGGGCAUCCGAGCCGUCCCUAAACCCGAAUACGUCUCGAACACUCCUCCACGAAAGCCUCAGACUCUUCGAGAAGGUUGCGAAGAGCCUAACGCAGGCCAACCUCGAAUCAGCCAUCGAACAAUACGUCGGGCUGAGGUACUACGCCGGGGCUAUUCAGCUAUGUCUAGUAGUCGCUAGCGAGAAGGAUCGAGGCAAUGCUGCGCUAUCCUGGGUUAACGACGGCAAACCUGUAGGCGACCCGAGGGCGAAGUUGUUCGACGAUCGCAGAGUAUGUUACGGCUUAAUCCACCUCGUUCUUCAACACUUGGACGCCGCGUCAAGUCGAGAGCCCGAGAUGGUCGACGGAAAGCCGACGCUAAUCGCGACAAAACGUGCCGAAGCCUACGACGUCGUCAGCACCUCUUCGGACGAAGUUUUCCACUUCGAUCUCUACGAAUGGUAUAUACAACAAGGAUGGACCGACCGUCUCUUAGGCAUCGAUUCACCCCACGUCACCACCUUCCUCCGACGCCUCGCCUCCAAGGACGUCGAGCACGCAGACCUCCUCUGCAGGUUCUACACCAUGCGCAAGCAGUAUUUUGACGCCGCCAAAGUUCAGGCCGGCCUCGUGCAGUCCGACUUCACGAUCUCCAUCAAAGAUCGUCUUACCCUGCUCAGCAAAGCCAAGACGAAUGCUAGCGUUAUGACCACCGGAGUCAGUCGACAGGAGCAGCAGCUUCUCAACCAUGAAGUUACCGAACUUCUCGAGGUUGCUCAUAUUCAAGAUGACCUAUUAGAAAGGCUGAGGGUCGAUAGCAGAAUUCCCCAGGAACGUCAGGAAGAGAUUCACCAAGCCUUAGACGGCAAGAUCCAACCACUCUCGGAACUCUUCAACGGUUAUGCCGACCAGGCUGGUUACUACGACCUUUGCCUCCUCAUCUAUCACGUCGCCGACUUCCGAAACUCGACCACCAUCGCACAAACUUGGAGCAACCUCAUCCAACAAACCCACGAGAAUAUCGCGGAGCAGUGGUCGGUAUACGACGCGGAACGUCGUAGACGCGGGGCACAAGCCGGUGAUCCGCCCCCACAACCGUAUGAGGUGCUAGUCGGUCAAAUUCAAGAUAUCUGUCACCGAUCUUCCAACGAUUCUUUCAUAUUUCCCGUGCCGACUCUCUUACCCGAGAUCUGCCGCUACGCCUUCGAGAACGCGCAGGACAGAAGAAUCUCUGCCGAAAUCAACUGGCCUGUGAUCGUCUUCCUCAACUUAGGGGUGAGCUACGAUCUCGUAGUUCGGGUUUUGGAACAAAUGUUCGAGGCGCAAGAAGUACCGUUCCGCGGUGCUGGGCGAGCAAGGAUCGUGGAAUGGAUCACGCAUGCCGUCAGUCAGUGGAUCCGCGAUCUGAAUAGGAGCGGUCGCCCCGAGGCGAGACUAGAUCCGUGGGUUGGUGAUUUGAUCUUGGAAUGCGACAAUUGGGUAUCGGCAAACGUACGAGUCAACAACGAAGGCGGUGCAGACAUUAGGGAUGUCGCACGAAGCGUCAAAGAAGUCCGACGGGCCGUCGAGGGAUUAGUCGUGUCGCCAAUGGCCAGCCGAAGUAUGGGUUUCUAUUAAGACUAGACGAAUCCUAGCAUAACGUCUAGGCCAGGACUUGGAAACUUGAUACCAGACGCCAAAGAUGCGUCAGUCGUUGGAAUAGCAAGAUUUCACACGAGGGGAUUAAAACGAAAGUAAUAACGAGCACGCGGAAGCCCUGGUAUGCCAACAAGCUACGGAUGAGAUGCGUAUUAUGUAUUCCAGCGAUAGGAGUUGAUUUGGAAGACGGGGGCCGACCCCUGGCAUGUUAGAACGUCAUGAAAUGGGCAGACAAUGGUUAUACCUCGAUGCUAGUCAACCAUCAUGUAAAAUAGUAUACCGGGUUGGGCAGUCUUGUCGGCGCAUCAUGCGAUGUCGGCAGUUAAUGAGCCCCAAAUACAUUGCUUCCCUUACGCAACGCUGCUCAUGUGAUGAUCUGCGAAGUUUCAUGUUCGAUAUUGGGGAGUUCGGUGGCCAUUACUACAAUACCUAGUAGUAGCUUCACUACAAAGAUUACUAGGUACCUAGGUAGAUACUCAUACUCUGAAUUUACCGGUCUCAAGAAA